AUGCAGAACAGGAGCAAGGUGUUAAAGGAGAGAGAUGCCUCGCCGGACGGAAGGUGCUGCCUGCCUCUGGUGCAGCAAGACCGACAGGCUCCCGUCGGCGGAGCCGCCAUUUCCAAGGACGAGGACCAGCUGUUCUGCUCUGUGGAGGGCCAGGCUUCCUCUGAGGAGGAGGAGGAGAUUGGGGCAGGAGACCAAGUGCCCCAGAUGGAACAAAUGAAGAAAACACUGGCCAAGCUCCCUUGCUGCGAUGGCGGAUGUGAUGAAAAAAUGUGGAAAAAGCUGAUGUCUCACAUGGAGACCACCACUGCUGAUGGCUACGACGCAGCCCCUGCAGAGCUCACAGAGAAGAUCGUGCAGCUAACGGAACAGCUUGAGCUCAAAGGGCAUGAAGUGAAAAAACUGGAAACAAAUAUGGAAGAGAUGAAAGGCCCAUUGCUAGGUGAGCUGCAGCAAAAGGUGGAGGAGACCGAAUUGUUGAAGAUGGAGCUGCAGAUGUUGGAGACUGAGAGAGUUAGGCUGUCACUGGUGGAAGAAAAGCUCAUGGACGUUUUACAGCUUCUUCAACAACUUCGAGACUUGAACAUAUCUAAGCGAGCCUUGGGGAAAAUCUUGCUGAGCACUUUGGAAUCCUGCUGUGACCCUCAACCUGGAAAAGCUCGCCUGUUUGAAGUCCUGGAUACUCUCUACCAGGAGCUGACAGCCUGCGAGCUCUUACAAAGCCAGCCUCCGGAGCAGGCGCAGAGUGGCCGGUCCCUCUCCAACCCCGGGUCAUCUCGUGCUGAGCAGCAGUGCCAGCCGAAGAGCCGCCCUCCUGCAUUCCAACACACGACCAACGGGUGA